AUGGCGCCGCCAGGUCUUCUCGACAUGCCCCCGGAGAUCUGCAACAUUAUAUACGGAUCCUAUUUUGCCCGCAGAGACAAUCACCGGGAGUACGAAGCCGACCUUUGCUUAGCACGGCCACCUUCAGCCGAUCUUACCGCCGUAUGUAGUCAGAUCAGAAGCGAUACUUUGAAGAUGUAUCUCAAGGCCUGUGAGCGGUACUGGAAGGAGAUCAGAUUCUUCAUCGAUACGAGAGAGUCUCAGAGUAUGGACGCCGAAGAGGCUGCUCUGAAAGCCUUGAAGACCCAACCCUACUUCGAAGCCAUCCAGCAUUUAGAGCUGCACAAUGGCAGCGUCGACGGGCUGGACCUGACGAGUAUCGUCUAUCGGAUGACAACAGAGCCCGGCAUCUGGACCUACAGCGUUGAUCAUCUUGGUCCAUUCCACUUCAGUCAUACGACUCAUGCCUGCGUAUACCAUACCGAGCCGCUGGAAAAUCGCAAGGCUGGUUAUCGCCCCCUUACAAGCUAUGACUCUGUCGACGAGGCCAGGCAGACUCUAGCGGACAUCGACCCGAAGCUGAGGUGCACGAGGUACGAGGAGAUCGUCAGAUUCUUGCAGGACUCAUUCGUAUUGCCCCAAUUCCGGUAG